AUGGAUCUUGCACCAUAUUAUACCUAUCAAGUGUUCUUGAGUUUCAGAGGUGCAGACACCCGCAGGAAUUUUACCGAUCACCUGUACGCAGCGUUGACCAAAGCCGGGAUCGACACAUUCAGAGACGAUAAUAACAUCCAGAGAGGAGAGAACAUCGAGUCAGAAAUAGACAAGGCAAUCCAAGAAUCGAAAAUGUCACUCGUUGUCCUCUCUAAAGACUAUGCCUCUUCCACAUGGUGCCUUGACGAACUUGUGAUGAUCAUGGACCGGCACAGGACUGCCGGUCAUCUGGUUCUGCCUGUUUUCUACGAUGUGGAUCCGUCUCAAGUUGGAGAGCAGACAGGGAGUUAUGGAGAAGCCUUUGCUAGACACCAAGAUUGCUUUCAGGGUGAGAUGGAGAGGGUAGAGGGAUGGAGGGCAACACUUAAAGAAGUUGCAUACCUGGGAGGGAUGGUUCUACAAGAUAGGCACGAGUCACAAUUUAUUCAAGACAUUGUUGAAGAGGUUGGAAAGAAAUUGGACAGCAUAGCUCUAACAUAUAUCGACAUAGAAUCAGAGCACGACCGCUAUUUCAAACACAACUAUGGUCGAGACUGGAAAGGAGUUGAUGAACUGAUCAAUAGCGCCGGGACCAAGAAAAAUAUUGAAGUAGGAAUCAAAAGCAUGUGUUCGUUGAUGCUGACACAUGUUCAUGAUAAGGAAGGAUCAGCUAAUCAAGUUGAACCAAAUAAAAGCUCGGUUGCUGAACCUCAAUCUGAUUGGAAUAGCGAAGAUGGAGCUGUAAUUUCUAUCCCUGAUGAUGAAGAACUUGAGCAUUCUGGAUCAAGAUUUAAAUUUGAACCUGGCAAGUUUGGGAAAUCCGAGCUCAACAAUAGUUCUGCUGUGCCUGUGCUGGAUACUCGAGGUUCUGAAACCGAGAGCAAAUUCAUCCCAACACAUCCAUUCUUCGAAGUUGUUCUGAGCCCGUACCGAUCAGCUUCUUUGAGAGAUAGAUCAUGGCCUGUGAAGUUGAUCAUCUACUUUUCUCGAAGAAAAGCUACGCUAUCUGCUGGUUGGGCAAGAUAUGCAAGAGAAAAUUCUCUACGGAUGGGAGAUGUUUGCGCCUUCGAGAUGAUCAAGAGUGCUGAUGCAAGAGGAGCUGAUCAAGUUAGACCAAACAAAAGCUUGUUAGAUAAAACUGAAUCUGAUGGUAAUAGAAUGGAUGAAGCUAUCCCUUGUGGUGAAAAUAUAGCUAGAGAAGCUGACGUGAGAGGAGCUCAUCAAGUCAGACCAAACCAAUGCUUGGUAGAUAAAUCUGAUAGUAACAGCCUCGACGAGGCUCGAAAAUCUUGCUCUUGUGAUGAAACUAUAGCUGAAGAAGCUGACAAGAGAGGAGCACAUCAAGCUAAACCAAACAAAAGCUUGGUAGAUAAAACGGAAUCUGAUGGUAAUGGAAUGGAUGAAGCUAUCUCUUGUGAUGAAACUAUAACUGGAGAAGCUGACGUGAGAGGAGCUCAUCAAGUCAGACCAAACAAAAGCUUGGUAGAUAAAUCUGACGGUAACAGUCUCGACAAGGCUCGAAAAUCUUGUCCUUUUGGUGAAACUAUAGCUGGAGAAGCUGACAUGAGAGGAGCACAUCAAGCUAAACCAAACAAAAGCUUGGUAGAUAAACCCGAACCUGAUGGUAAUAGAAUGGACGAAGCUAUAUCUUGUGAUGAAAACAUAACUGGAGAAGCAGAUGUGAGAGGAGGUCAUCAAGUCAGACCAAAGAAAAGCUUGGUAGACAAAUCUGAUGGUAACAGCCUCGACGAGGCUCAAAAAUAUUGCCCUUUUGGUGAAACUAUAGCUGGAGAAGCUGACAUGAGAGGAGCAUAUCAAGCUAAACCAAACAAAAGCUUGGUAGAUAAAACUGAAUCUGAUGGUAACAGUCCCGACGAGGCUCGAAAAUCUCGCCCUUUUGGUGAAACUAUAGCUGGAGAAGCUGACAUGAGUGGAGCACAUCAAGCUAAACCAAACAAAAGCUUGGUAGAUAAAACUGAAUUUGAUGGUAAUAGAAUGGAUGAAGCUAUCUCUUGUGAUGAAAAUAUAACUUUAGAAGCAGAUGUGAGAGGAGGUCAUCAAGUCAGACCAAAACAAAGCUUGGUAGAUAAAUCUGAUGGUAACAGCCUCGACAAGGAUCGAAAAUCUUGCCCCUGUGAUGAAACUAUAGCUGAAGAAGCUGACAAGAGAGGAGCACAUCAAGCUAAACCAAACAAAAGCUUGGUAGAUAAAACGGAAUCUGAUGGUAAUGGAAUGGAUGAAGCUAUCUCUUGUGAUGAAACUAUAACUGGAGAAGCUGACGUGAGAGGAGCUCUUCAAGUCAGACCAAACAAAAGCUUGGUAGAUAAAUCUGACGGAGCUCUUCAAGUCAGACCAAACAAAAGCGUGGUGGAUAAAUCUGAUGGUAACAGUCUCGACGAUGCUCGAAAAGCUCGACCUUUUGGCGAAACUAUAGCUGGAGAAGCUGACAUGAGAGGAGCACAUCAAGCUAAACCAAACAAAAGCUUGGUAGAUAAAACUGAAUCUGAUGGUAAUAGAAUGGAUGAAGCUAUCUCUUGUGAUGCAAAUAUAACUGGAGAAGCAGAUGUGAGAGGAGGUUAUCAAGUCAGACCAAACAAAAGCUUGGUGGAUAAAUCUGAUGGUAACAGUCUCGACGAGGCUCGAAAAUCUCGCUCUUUUGGUGAAACUAUAGCUGGAGAAGCUGACAUGAGAGGAGCACGUCAAGCUAAACCAAACAAAAGCUUGGUAGAUAAAAUUGAACCUGAUGGUUAUAGAAUGGAUGAAGCUACAAUUUCUAUCCCUUGUGAUGAAACCAUAACUGGAGAAGCUGGCAUAAGAGGAGCUAAUCAAGUCCUCCUGGACAAAAGCUUGGUGGAUAAAUCUGAUGGUAACAGCCCCAACGAGGUUCAAAAAUCUUGCCCUCGUGAUGAAACUAUAGCUGGAGAAGCUGACAUGAGAAGAGAUCAUCAAGUUAUACCAAACAAAAGCUUGGUAGAUAAAACUGAAUCUGAUGGUAAUAGCAUCUUUGAGGCUAGAAUUUGUAGCCCUUGUGAUGAAAAUAUAAUUGGAGAAGCUGACAUAAGAGGAGCUAUUCAAGUCCUCCUGGACAAAAGCUUGGUGGAUAACUCUGAUGGUAACAGCCCCAACGAGGCUCGAAAAUCUUGCCCUUGUGAUCAAACUAUAGCUGGAGAAGCUGACAUGAGAGGAGAUCAUGAUGCAGGCCCAAAUACCAUCCAAGAAGGUCCAGCAAUACAGGAAACCAGAAGAACCAGGCGAAACAUCCAGAGGCCAGCAAAAUUAUCAGACUUCGGGGCUGCUUCAGAUCAUCAAGUUAAACCAAACAAACGCUUGGUAAAUAAAACUGAAUCUGAUGGUAAUAGCAUCGUUGAGGCUAGAAUUUCUAGCCCUUGUGAUGAAACUAUCGCUGCAGAAGCUGAUGCGAUAGAAGCUAAUCAAGUUAGACCCAACAAAAGCCUGGUCGAUAAAACUGAAUCUGAUGGUAAUGGCAUGGAUGAGGCUAGAAUUUCAAGCCCUUAUGAUGAAGAUAUAACAGUUCAACCUCAACUUUCUGAAUCAGAAUUUAAAACUGAGGCAGUUAAGUGCUGA